AUGGAAAACCUACAGGCGAAAUUUUCCUUGGUUCAGAGCUCAAAUAAAAAAUUGAAUGGGAUGGAAGAUGAUGGCAGCCCUCCAGUGAAAAAGAUGAUGACAGACAUUCAUGCAAAUGGAAAAAUGAUGAUAAACAAGUUGCCAACAGUAAAGAAGGAACACUUGGAUGACUAUGAAACACCAAUGGAAACCGACGAAGAGCAUGUCAAGAGGACCUGUGCCUCUGUGCCUGAACCUUUACAUUUAAAUCCUAGUUUGAAACAUACUUUGGCACAAUUCCAUUUAAGUAGUCAGAGCUCUUUGGGUGGACCAGCAGCGUUUUCUGCUCGGUAUUCCCAAGAAAGCAUGUCACCUACUGUAUUUCUGCCUCUUCCAUCUCCUCAGGUUCUUCCUGGCCCACUGCUCAUCCCUUCUGAUAGCUCCACAGAACUCACCCAGACUGUGUUGGAAGGGGAGUCUAUUUCUUGUUUUCAGGUUGGAGGAGAAAAGAGACUCUGUUUGCCCCAAGUCCUAAAUUCUGUUCUCCGAGAAUUUUCACUCCAACAAAUAAAUACAGUGUGUGAUGAAUUGUACAUUUAUUGCUCCAGAUGUACAUCAGACCAGCUUCAUAUCUUAAAGGUCCUGGGAAUACUUCCAUUCAAUGCCCCAUCCUGUGGGCUGAUCACAUUAACUGAUGCACAAAGACUAUGUAACGCUUUAUUGCGGCCACGCACCUUUCCUCAAAAUGGUAGUAUACUACCUGCAAAAAACUCAUUGGCCCAGUUGAAGGAAACUGGCAGUGCCUUUGAAGUGGAACAUGAAUGCUUGGGCAAAUGUCAGGGUUUAUUUGCACCCCAAUUUUAUGUUCAGCCAGAUGCUCCAUGUAUUCAGUGUCUAGAGUGCUGUGGAAUGUUUGCACCCCAGACGUUUGUGAUGCAUUCUCACAGAUCACCGGACAAAAGGACUUGCCACUGGGGCUUUGAAUCAGCCAAAUGGCAUUGCUAUCUUCAUGUGAACCAAAAAUACUUGGGGACACCUGAAGAAAAGAAACUGAAGAUAAUUUUAGAAGAAAUGAAGGAGAAAUUUAGCAUGAGGAAUGGGAAGAGGACUCAAUCCAAGAUAGAUACACCGCCAGGAAUGGAAUUGCAGUCAUGGUAUCCAGUUAUAAAACAGGAAGGUGACCAUGUCUCUCAGACACAUUCAUUUUUACAUCCCAGCUACUACUUAUACAUGUGUGAUAAAGUGGUUGCACCAAAUGUGUCACUUACUUCAGCUGUACCUCAGCCUAAAGAGGUCACAAAGGCAGAGGCAAGCAAAUCUAUACCAAGACAGUCAGAGACGCCUCACAGUAGUGGGAAACAUCAAAAAAUAGUGUCUUAUCCAGAUGUCUCACUGGAGGAACAAGAGAAAAUGGAUCUAAAAGCAAGUAAAGAAUUAUAUAGCCACCUAGAUCCAUCAGUCUCGAAUAAUUCUACCAGCAAAAAGAAACCUGAGUCUACCACUUGCAGCUUAGCCAGAGACACAAGCAAAUUAGGAACUGACUGUGAUGUUGCAGCUUCAUCUCCAUUUCUUGUCAAAGAUGUCACUUGUGAGGACGAUAAGGGAAAAAUCAUGGAAGAAGUAGUGAGAACUUAUGUAAAACAACAGGAAAAACUGAACUCAGUUUUACAGAAGAAGCAACAACUUCAGAUGGAAGUUGAAAUGUUGAGUAGUUCAAAAGCUAUGAAGGAACUUACUGAAGAACAGCAGAAUUUACAGAAAGAGCUUGAAUCUUUGCAGAAUGAACAUGCUCAAAGAAUGGAAGAAUUUCAUGUUGAACAGAAAGACUUAGAGAAAAAACUAGAGCAGGUAAUGAAGCAAAAAUGUACCUGUGACUCAAAUUUAGAAAAAGAUAAAGAGGCUGAAUAUGCAGCACAGCUGGCAGAACUGAGACAGAGACUGGACCAUGCUGAGGCUGAUAGGCAAGAACUCCAAGACGAACUCAGACAGGAACGGGAGGCAAGGCAGAAGUUAGAGAAGAUGAUAAAAGAGCUAAAGCUGCAAAUUUUGAAAUCAUCAAAGACUGCUAAAGAAUAG